UCUGCCACAGUAUAUUCUCUUCGUUUUAUGCACGAAAGACACUCGUCGCUCACUAUUCGGCUUCAAUUCUAUUUCAUCACAAACCAAUUGUAUUGCCGUUGUUGUUUUUUUUUUUUGGUUUUGCCAGCGCAAACAAUUGCUCGUUGUUCCUUAAUUAAAUAAAAACACGUUCGCUCGACUGUCGAAUCAAGUGCAAUAUAUAUACAUACAAUAUUGUAAGAAGUCAAUACAUUGCAACCAACCACAAUCAUAGCUAUUCUCUCACUAUAUCGAACUAUAUAAGUCGGGUGGUUCGACAUUCAGACAGCUUUAAUAUUUGUCGUGAGUCGGCAUCACAUCAUACACAAUAGCGUCGCAAACAUUUGUUUCGUUGAAACAAAAUAAAGAGAGAGAAAAAUAUCCGGCAUUUCUUUAACGAGAUUAUUCAUUUUUCACUUGUCGUGUGCAAAUUUCUGUGAAGGUAGUGUUCAAUUGGUUUUUGAGAUAUUUUUUGUGUUGUUGCAUCGCGUUCUUUGAUUCGAUUUUCUCGGAAGAAAAAAUGGUAGCUGAAUUGAUACACGUGGAUUCACCAAAUGUAUCGUACGAUGGUGAUCAAAUCACCGUUGACUACGAAUAUUCAAUGACAAGUGUGAAAAAAAUCGACAAUCGUUUGGUGGUCACACCAGAAAAUAUAGCGCUAACAAUUGCUACGGAUUGUCAUGUACCGAAAUUGGGUUUGAUGUUGAUCGGCUGGGGUGGUAACAAUGGAUCCACGAUAACCGCUGCCCUCGAAGCAAAUCGCAAAAAAUUGGAAUGGCGCACAAAGGAUGGUAUUCAAAAGGCGAACUGGUUUGGCUCAAUUACACAAGCGUCAACCGUUUUAUUGGGCAGCGAUAGCGAAGGUCAAGAUGUUUAUACACCUAUGAAUCGACUCAUUCCCAUGGUUAAUCCCGAUGAUAUUGUGGUCGACGGCUGGGAUAUUUGUAUCGAUAAUAUUGGCGAUGCAAUGCGCAAAGCCAAAGUACUUGAUGUUGCACUUCAAGAUCAAGUCUAUGAUAAAAUGUCUAAAUUCAAGCCACGACCUUCGAUUUAUGACCCAGACUACAUUGCAGCGAAUCAAUCAUCCCGUGCAAAGAAUGUUCUCACCGGCACUCGCUAUGAGCAGUAUCAAAAGAUCCGUGGCGAUAUUCGUGAUUUCAAGGUAAAAUCGGGCGUUGACAAAGUCCUUGUAUUAUGGACGGCGAAUACGGAACGUUUCUCAACCGUUGAAAAGGGUUUGAAUGAAACGGCCGCCGAAUUGGAGGCUUCAUUGAUUGCAAACCACUCAGAGAUAUCUCCAUCGACAAUUUUCGCUAUGGCCAGUAUUGCCGAGGGUUGCACAUACAUCAAUGGAUCGCCUCAAAAUACAUUCGUACCCGGAGUCGUUGAAUUGGCCGAACUGCAUGGUGUUCACAUUGCUGGCGAUGACUUUAAAUCGGGUCAAACCAAGUUGAAGUCAGUGUUGGUUGAUUUCUUGGUCAGUGCUGGCAUCAAACCCGUUUCCAUUGUAAGCUACAACCACUUGGGCAACAAUGAUGGCAAAAAUCUGUCUUCACCACUACAAUUCCGGUCGAAAGAGAUUUCGAAGAGUAACGUGGUUGACGAUAUGGUUGAGUCGAAUAGUAUUUUGUAUGCAAAAGAUGAGCAUCCAGAUCAUGUGGUCGUUAUCAAGUAUGUACCAUAUGUUGGCGACAGCAAGCGUGCGAUGGACGAAUACACCAGCGAAAUCAUGAUGGGUGGCCAUAAUACACUUGUCAUCCACAAUACCUGUGAAGAUUCCCUCUUGGCAGCACCGCUCAUCCUCGAUCUGGCCAUUCUCGGCGAAUUGUGCUCACGUAUUAAGAUCAAGCGAAAUGAACCGAGCGCAAAGUUCACUUCAUUCCGAUCGGUAUUGUCAAUAUUGAGCUACUUAUGUAAGGCUCCACUUGUUCCAAGCGGUACACCCAUCAUUAACUCAUUGUUUCGUCAACGGUCUGCCAUCGAGAACAUUCUGAGGGCCUGUGUUGGAUUGCCGCCAAACUCACACAUUGCAUUGGAGCAUCGCUUCACCAAUUUGAUAAAUGAACCCGAGCAGCCAGCUGUUAAAAAGGCGAGAACUGGCCCGGCUGUAAUCGCCAACGGAAAGCACUAGAUAACGAAUUAGUCGUUACAAAAAAAAAUCGUCUGCAUCAACUCAAAUCACAAUAAAAAAUGUGUGUGAACUCUUCAAGGAGGGGGAAGUACAAGUCGAUCAACGGUGGCAGAUUGUUCACAUUUCACGGGAUCAUAACAAUUUAUUCGAUGUUGUUUUAGAUGCAUUCAUAAAUUUUUGCUCUCUAAAUAAAUGGAAUUUUUUUUUUUCGGCCAUAAAAA